UAUAAACGUUGUAUGUUGUUAUCUACGAUUCACGUCUCUCUUCGAAAUUAGGGUUCAGUUGAAUCUAGCCCUGUAAAAUUGCGAGAAUGUCUUACGUGGUGAUGAAGGAAGCAGACAGUGACACCUCGCGUGUUAAGGAACUCGAUGUUGUUCUACCAAGUUACAAGCCGAUUAAGGGAUAUACAACACCCUUCGAAUUUAUUUUACCACCGCACAAACAGUUUCCUGGAUCAUUAAACUCUGUUAGAGUUUGUAAACCUCCUCCGCAACAACAAGAGCCAAUUCCCAUUAAGGAGGCCGAGGCAGAGCUUGAAAACUUGCACCUUCCUAGUUCUGAAGAGGAGGAUAUUGUUGCUGUUAUAUCACCGGAUUUAAUGAUAUCACCAUCAUAUACUCCGAUGAUCUCUACACCAGAUUUAGACUUGUCCAGUCAUCCUCCGUUUAUUCCUCCUCCUUGUCCAGUAACUUAUACUCCCACUCCUCCCGGCGGUCACUUGGUUUUGCCUUACAGCAGCCGUAGAGAUGCUGUGUAUGCGGAGCCACUGCUCUGCGCUAAAAUUGGACUUCAUUGCUACAAUCUCGAAAACGGGACUGAGUUUGAACGUUUGCAUGUGCCUCAAGUAGCUGAGCACACCGGAGUGUUGACAUUAGAUGCAUGUGAUCCAGCCAGAAAAUGCCUUUGCAAGUUUGAAACAAAAGUUUGGUAUCCCUCUGAAUACAAAGAUUGCUUCCAUGUUAUUACAUCCCGCUGCAGACCCUUGCCCCCACCUACUCCAGAGGAGGAGGAAAGUGGAUUUGACAUACUCUCCGUGGAUGAACUAUUCAAAGGUAACAUGCCUGAUUGGUUGUCUGGUGACAGUAAGCUGCAGUACUACGAGAUGAAAGAAUCAGAGGUGGAACAAGCCAAAGAAUGGCUUCAUCUUUACGCUGAACUAGCCUGGUACACCAAGAAGCGGACGAACCCUUUCAUGUUUGAGUAUGGAAAGCCAUUUGAGCUGCUAAAGAUAACUGUUCAAACCAAAGAAGUUGUCGUCGACUCGAUGAAAAACUUGUGGCUGGAUAAUGCAGUCUUCUACAUCACCUUCAGAACAAGGUGCGGUGUUGUCUGCAAAGGUGUCAUCAGGAGAACAAGGGAUGGGAGGCCUGAGCAUUUAUCCCUUGAAGCCAAGUGUUUCAUGUGAUGUGAGAGUCACUGUAUGAGAAUAGUUAAA